AACAUCCAAGCGAGAGGAAAUUAAACCAGAGAAAAGCAAAAUGGAGGUCGAGAGAGUGCAAGACAUUGCUAAUUUGUCGAAAGAAACAAUCCCGGAAGAGUUCAUUAGGUCGAGCAACGAGCAGCCGGCGCUGACGACGGUUCUCGGGACGGUGCUCGAGGUCCCGGUCAUCGAUCUAAGCGAUCCCGAUGAAGAAAACUUGGUAAAGGCCAUUGUGGAAGCGAGCAGCAAUUGGGGAAUGUUCCAAGUCGUGAACCAUGGCAUACCUGAUGAAACCAUAAGGAAGCUGAAAGAGGUAGGCCAGGCUUUCUUUGAGCUCCCACAAGAAGAAAAAGAAGCUUACGCAAAGCCACCGGGUUCUCAAACCAUUGAAGGCUAUGGAACAAAGCUUAAAAAAGAAGAAGAAGGGAAAAGAUCUUGGGUUGAUCAUCUUUUCAAUAAGAUCUGGCCUCCUUCCGAAGUUAACUACCAGUUUUGGCCUAAAAACCCACCUUCUUACAGAGAGACUAACGAGGAAUACGCGAAGCACAUGCGUGGGGUGGCGAACAAGCUGUUCAGAUGCCUGUCGUUAGGCUUAGGGUUAGAAGGGGAUGAGAUGAAGGCAGCUCUGGGUGGGGACGACAUGGUUUACCUUCUGAAGAUCAACUACUAUCCGCCGUGCCCUCGACCGGACCUGGCUCUCGGGGUGCCGCCUCACACCGACAUGAGUGCAUUCACCGUACUAGUGCCUAAUGAUGUGCAGGGCCUCCAAGCUUGUAGAGAUGAGCAUUGGUAUGAUGUUGAGUACAUCCCUAACGCACUCAUUGUUCACAUUGGAGACCAAAUAGAGAUUCUGAGCAAUGGGAUGUACAAGAGUGUGCUGCACAGAACCACUGUGAACAAGGAGAGGACAAGAAUCUCAUGGCCGGUGUUUCUGGAGCCACCGUCGAAGCUAAAAGUAGGGCCUCACCCUAAGCUCAUCAAUGAAGCAAAUCCACCCAAAUUCGAAUCCAAAAUGUAUUCUGAAUAUUGUGCCUCCAAGCUCAACAUGACCCCUUAAUAUGUUUAUUCUUUAAAACAUAAAUAAAACUGCAGCUUGAAGCAAGCUUCCAUGGACGGCAACGUUAAGGAGAACAAGAAUUGCGGUAUCUAGAGAGAGAUAAAGUGUGUGAAAUAAAGUUAUUUAUAAUGUUUAUUAGAUUCCAUGGAGCUGUUUUGUUGUUGAGCGCUGCUGUUUCUUUAUUUGGGUGUUGUUGAUAUGCCUUAGAGGAAUAUGAGUUUGAUAUUUCCUU